AUGGGCGGCGCCGGGCCGCGGACGUCGACGUGGCGGGCGGUGGCCGCGGCCGCUGUGGCGCUGUGGCUGGUCCCGGCGGUGCUGGCGCUGGCGGUCCUCUGGCUGCCGCUGCUCUGCUGCGCCGUCGCCGCCGUCCGCUUCCUCAGGGUCAGGAGGAAGCUGGUGGUGGCCGCCAGGAGAUCGUCGCGUGGCUGCUGGGACGGUGACGAAGGCGGCGACCGCGGGACGGAGGAGAUCACGAUGGUGGACGCCACCGGCGGAGGCCGGCUCAGGCUGCUGCAGCAGUACCUCGACGACCAGAUGGAGCUGCUCGUCGGAGGAGGAGCAGGCCACGAGGAGCAGGAAGAAGGAGGAGCCUCAGCUUCUUGUUGA